AUGGAGGACACGACAAUGAUGGAGGGCUCCCAGGGUCUUUUCGAGGAGCAAAGCUUCAUCAUUAUCCCCAGUGGACUAUCAGACAGCCAAUUGGACAAAUUGCGAGAAGAGAUUGCUGGCGAGCGCGGUACUAUAAUCCCCUUCGACCCUUCUGUAGGACGCAUCGAUCGGCUCGAGGAAAUCACGUACAUCGUCUCGGAAACCUCAGACUUCCCCGACUACUACCGCGCGCUGGACCUUAUGAUACACGUUGUCAAGCCAACGUGGGUGGCAGCCUCGCUGAAGACGGGCAAGAUGAAGAACCCGCGAACGUACAGCCCAGAUCCUGCACUCUUCAUGAACGACGUGGUCAUAUGCUGUGGAGAUAUUCCCACCGGAGACAAGGAGGCUAUCGAGGGUGGCGUGCUGGCCAUGGGAGGGCAGAUUGCGCCAGCAUUGUCGAAACUGGUCACACAUCUCAUCGCGCUCGACUUGAGCGAAGAGCGUUGCCAGCUUGCGAUCAGUAAGAGGCUACAAUGCCUGAUCGUCCUGCCUCACUGGUUCGACGACUGCCUCAAAGUCGGCCGUCGGAUAUCAGAACGACCAUACACGCUACCCGAUCCCGAGAUUUUGAACCAAAUCGAUGCCGCUCCAAUUCCCGCAGCGCGAACAAGCCAGCAGAUCCGCGACGCGACCAGCCCAGACCCAACCAACGAUCCGGUACCACCAGUACACACGGCACACCUUGAACCGCCACGCGCGAUCAAGGCUUUUGCAGCAAAGAAAGUGAAGCUCGGGGACGAUCUCAGCAUUGGAACCAAACUGAAGGACAUAAUCACCGGAAUGAUCAAGGCUGGUGGUGGAGAUGUCGUCAGCAAAGUGGAACAGGCCGAUAUAUAUGUCUGCACUUUCCGAACCGGAGCAGACUAUGUCAAAGCAUCACAAGACGGGAAAGAUGUCGGCAACUUGAGCUGGCUGUACUACCUCAUUACACACAACGUCUGGACCAAUCCGAUGCGACGCAUGAUGCACUACCCACGACCAAAGGAGGGCAUACCUGGGUUCGAGCAAUACAAGAUCAGCAUAUCAAGCUACACGGGUGAAGCGCGGGUGUACCUGGAGAACCUGAUCAAGGCUACCGGCGCAGAGUUUACGAAGACGUUCAAGCAGGACAAUACACACCUCAUCACCGCACACAAGAACAGCGAGAAGUGCGAAGCAGCAGCCGAGUGGGGUGUCAUGGUCCUCAACCAUCUAUGGUUGGAGGAGAGCUACGCAAAGUGCAAGAAGAUGCCAAGUACAGACGCGCGCUACAUCUACUUCCCGCCACGAACAAAUCUGGGAGAAAUACUCGGUCAGACUGAGCUCGAUCGCGAUGCCGUUGAGAAGACAUACUUUGCCAAGAAUCGCAAGCUCACCAAUAUCAAGCCACUGCCACAAUCGAAUACAGUUCCGGCGUCUAGCGUACCACCGAACAUGAUCAGUGGUGAUGAACAGCCUCACAAGUCUCUGGUGGCGGACAAGGGAAAGCGAACGAAGUUAGGCGGUGACGCAAAGACACCACUACCAGUGCGGCACUCGGAAGAAAAGGAGAACUACACGCCUGGUAGUCGUGGAGCUAAGGACAGAGCGUUAGCAAAGAUGCACGACGCAGCGCCCGACAUUGCCAAGUUUGAGAAAGAGAUGAAGCGCAAGGGUGGUGUUAUACACGGCGGCCGGCGACGCACAGAUGAUGAGGUCGAAGAACAGCAGCCCAACAAACCCAGGGGCCGGGACUCUACCUCGAGUAAGCGGUCGAUCGACGAGGUUGAGGAGGACGAAGCGAGUGAAGAAGAAGUUACUGAAGCCCCAGCCAGAAACAAGAGGGCGAAGAAGGAUAAGCUUACACCUAUCAAGUUCCGCAUGCUAGUCUCAAAGGACGAGCGAUGGACGAACAACGAUGAGAAAGCAUCCAAAGAAAAAGCAAAGCUCAGAGAACUGGGCCUCUUCAUCACCGACGACUUCAAGAAAGUCGACCUUGUUUGCGCCCCGAAGCCCGUUCGGACUAAGAAAUUUGUCGCAGCACUUGCCUGCGCUCCGACACUCGUCUCAACAACCUACCUUGAUGCCGCUCUCAAGAACAACAAGCUCCCUCCUCCCGAGAAGCACAUCCUCGAAGCCAGCGAAUUCGAAAGGGAGAAUGGGUUCCGUAUGUCUGAAGCAACGGCUCGCGCCAAACAGAACAAACAUCGCCUCCUUAAGGACUGGACGAUUUUCUGCACACAGAACGUUGCCGGCGGUUUCGAGACUUACAAAGACAUCAUUGAGGCGAACGGUGGUAAAUGCGCCAUGUGGAAGGGUCGAACGACGAGCAUAACAGCCUCGAAACGUAAGAAGAAUCCAUCCACCGAAGAGUCUCAAAACCAAAAAGAAGAUGAGGGCGACGUUUUGUAUCUGAUAUCUGACCCGGAUAAGAAGGAAUUUGCAAAUUGGAGCAAGUUCAAAGAGUUGGCGGAGAAACACGAUAUGAUACCACGCAUUGUCAAGACAGAGUGGAUCUUGAAUGUAGCGAUGAGUCAGUAUGUGCAUUGGAAGGAGGAAUGGGAGUUGAGUGAGGAGACUGUCAAGGCUGGGAAAUAG